GCGAUAUUGAACAUACUUGCGCUGGCGCACCGCUGAAACUGACGGGGGAGCUAUUUCGGGAACCGUCUGCGCUGCCGCACGCUCUUGUUGAUCCCACAGUCGACAGUUCUUUGUCUUAUUAAAAACAUAUUGCUCGGUACCUAAUUUAAAAUUACGCAUCGCGGUUUGAUUUUGCGCGGAUGAAAGUGUGACUUGUUUAUAAAAGUAUUCCAAAAUGGGAAGCGUUCUCAGUAAUACUUCGGCGAGAGAACACGACGCAGACGUCAUGAGUGAAAGUGAAACAAUGGACAAUCCAAGCGGCUCCCAUGAUACUAAGGAAAACGCCAACAUCGAUGAAGAUUAUGUGGAAACUGUUACUGAUGAAGCUCGUGCAAAAACUAAAGAAGAAGAAAUGAUAGAAUUCAAGAAACAACUCAACAUCAAAAGAGAACAAAGAAAACAAAUUCUUGCUAGACACAGAGCUGAAAAAGAAGAAUUAGAGAAGUCUUUAAACAGUGAAAAGCAGUCUAAACUGGAAUUAGUGCAAACCAACAAAUUACUUCGAGAACUUUUGCUGAAGCAUAAUAUUGAGAUACCUGAUGAUCUAUUGAGUUCCAGCCAAGAUUCAGAUCUCAUUGGUACUAUAACACAGAUGAAAGAAGAAUUUGAAAGUUUGAAAUCAAACAACAACAAGUUGAGAAAAGAUUUGGCUGAAUCUAACAAUACUCUUCAGAACGCGUACUCCGAUAUAGCAGAUUUGAAUUCACAAAACAUAGAAUCUAUGAAGCAGAUCAGUGCACUCAAGGAAGUGGUUUCUGUAAGCAAAACAAUGAUUGCAAUUCGUGAACAGCAACUUAAUGAGCUAAAAGAAAAAUUAAGUGAAAUUGAAAAAUCAUUGGCUGAUAGAGAAGCUAGCAUGUUAUCAACAGACCUAAGGCAAGAGUACGAAAGGCAGUUACAAAACAUUCGCACUCUCCGAGGACUCUAUGAGGAGAGGGCUCGUCUCGCUGAAGUCACUAGAGUGAAUCUAGUUCGGGAUCUGGAAGAACAAAAACUGCUGAACCAAGCGGAAGUUAACAAGACUAAAAACUUAUCGGAAAAAGUUAAAGAACUUGAAGACAAAAUCGAAGCGCUAAUUGAAACAAUCCAAAACAAAAACAAUCAAAUAAGUGUUUGCCAAGAUGAAUCACUGGGUUUGAGAGCUGAAAUGAUGGUUGUCAACAAGCUUUUUUCCGAAGUGCUUUUGGGAUAUAAAACAAAAAAGGACCUCGACAAGUUGGUGCAUCGCCUUGAAGAAAAUCAUGGUAUCCUAACUCAAAUGGCUGAAAGAGAAAACGACGCUGAAGCCUCCACCGCGUUGCCUAAACUUUUGUUAGAGUUAGUUUGUCAAGUUGACGAAGGAGAUGAAGAACAAGAGGAACCAGAAGAGUCUCAGCUUGACAGCGUCAAUCUGAGUACGCAACAGGAAACUUCAGAAGAAGACUUAGAUAAGUCCAGUUCUACAACAGCUGAAGAAAUUGUCCAAAAUUUGCCUAAAGUGUGGCGGGUCCUCAUGGAACUUUUGAGUCACCAAAGCGUGGCUGAUCCAAACACCGAAGAAAAAGUCACAACAUGCUACAAAUCCGUAGAAACGAAAUCUGGACCUGUACUAGUGCCAAGCGUUAGUCAGACUUACAUCAGAUUAAAAGAUCUAAUUGUUGAGAAACUGGCGCUGAUUAAAGAAGUUAACCGCAUGAAGCAACUAAACUCUCAUCUAGAGACUCGCUUAGAAGAACAAGAACGCCGACUUUGUUUAGUCACCACUGAACUGGGUAAAACGUGGCACGUUGUUGGGAGAUUACGCCGCCACCAUCACCAGCUACACACGCAUGAGAAGAUUCUAAAAUAUGAGUUACAACAAAAGAGAAAACUGUUGAAUGAACUGAAAGAGGAACUUGAAUAUUGUAGAGAAAAAUGGGAACAAGCUCGCGAAAAAAAUACUCAAUCCGAAAAAGAUUGGAGGAAACUUAGAGCCGAAUUUUCUAGCCGAAAAACGGGAUCACCGGCGUUCAACAAUUCAGCAGAAAGUGGAUACAGUGAUGAAAGACCUUCUGACGAAUCUUCAGAAUCAAACGAUGAGAGUGAAUAUGUAACAGAGCCCCCAAUCAGAUGCAAAAGAAAACUUAAGAAAUCGUUUGAAACUAUAAUAGACUCCAGCACGGAUUUCAACUUAGCAGCAGAAAGAGAAGACCCUGCUAGUGAUAUGCUGGAUGUUGCAGAUUUGCCUCUUGAUACACAAGACGAAAGUCACAGUGAAAAUGGUCCAAAAAGUGAAGUUUUAUCUGAAGAAACGGAAGACGAAGUUGGCGAUAUUACUAAUGAUUCGUAUAUUGAAGAGUCAGCGUCGGCAUCGCGGGAUCAUGAUAACGCAAAUGUUGUCAAAAUUGAUCUUCCGGCGACCAGUACUGAAGUUGCAGGUAUUAUUGCACCAAGUGCUUCACAAAAUCUCAUUGACCCGGCGGAAAUCCUUAAAAACAUAAAACGACAAAAUGAAAGGUUAGCUAACAAAGAUCAAAAACUUGAAAAUUUAGAAAAGAACAGUGCAAAUCUUUUGCAAAAGGUCAAGUUGACGAGUAAGUUGGGUGAACAAAUUAAUAGUACUUUAGAUCACAUUUUGAAACCCCGAUCUAGCAGAGAACCAGAUAGUUCAUCUCAUCAUAAGAACGAAGAAGACUUAUCAAUCACGGAUAGCAUAAAUGAUCAAUCAACACAAGAACCGAACACAAACGAUGUUGAAGUAAUCAUCAAGAAUGAAGAAAUUGAAGAGGAAAGUAACAAAUCAGAGUCUGCAAAUGUUAACGAUACAGAUUCGGCUUCGAGUGAAGAUGUGUCACAAUGUUCAGAAACCCAAUCAUCUAGUUCCGUUUAUGAGACGCCAAACACAAGUACUGUUGAUUUUAAAGCCAUUUUAGAAAACGUUAAGAAGCAGGAUGAACGGUUGGUCAAAAAAGACCAAAGGUUUGAAAAUUUAGAGAAAGAAUGUUCCAAAGUAAUUGAUAACAUUAAUCACACGUUGCAUACAGGCCAAGAACUCAGUGACAAGCUAGAAACACUUCACAAUGUUAGAGGAGAGGGUGUAGAUGUUAAUGAAAUAGCUAAUGAAGAUACGCAAGGUUCAAAGACUGAAAUAGAUGAUCAGGAACCAUCUACAUCUAGUGAUAUUGACCACGAAGCACGAUUUGCUGCAAGAGACAUUCGAUUGAAAAGGUUGGAAGAACAAACUAAAUGUUUGGUGAACAAAGUCAAUAAAACGACGAGCAAGGGCGUCAAGAUACAUUACAAGUUGGAGGAACUCCACAACAUUUAUGGGUCUGAGAGCUCCCGUGCCGGCACGCCAUCAGAAGAAAGCGAGGAUAAAAAUGAGGAAGAAGAAAUCCAGAAUGAACAAGUAGAUAAUCAAUCUCAAUAAAUUGUGAAUACUUACCAUACUUACCUACAUUGAAAAUUUCAGAAAGAUUUCACACCUGCUAUCAAUGUAAGUAGUAUCUUUUAUUCGGUGUUGUACUUAAAUUGGCUAAUAAAUAAUGUACUCGUAUGUAUUACGUAAAAUUUUAUAAUUUGAAUAAAUUGGUGUAACUAAAUAACAGACUCUAUUUCAAUUCAAAGAAUCUGUAUUCAUUUAAACAUUCAUUACAUAAUAACAAUAAUCAGGUACAUCAAGAUCGCCAGCGACAUUCAUG